AUGGCCGCAGGAAUAGCCACCGACGAUCCCAACAUACUCGUUCUGCAUUCAGACUCGAUACUGACCCAGAGUUCAGUUUCACCCAGCAAUCUGGCCAUUCCAGACGUUUUAGUGAACAGUACUCUGACCGUCACAGACACAGAGAUAAUCGAUCUUAGCAGAAUUACUACAAUUAUCCCAUUGACCAGUAAAAUUGAUUCAUUCACUGACAGCGGGCCGUUGUUUUCCGAUUUAAGAAUGAGAAACGUCUCGACUGCACUUCUCCUGGUGAUUCUGGGCACCUUGGCACGGGAGGGCAAGCCGCUGAAAUACCAGACGAAGCCGCCCUCUCACGCUUUCUCUCUUUCCUUCGCCGACGAACCCGAGUACAAUUCCUUCGCCUUUCCCAAGCAGUUCCCGAGGUCCCCGAAAUAUUCCGCAGCCUCCAAGUACCCGGAAUUCUUUGGCAGUACGCCUGCAAGCAGCCCCGUCUACCUGAAGUCCGUUAAGCCCGGCCGUGGGUCAUCACGCCCUCCGGUUUAUCAUGGGCGGGCGCCCUCCUUCUGCGAUCCUCACAACCCUCCCGCUUGCGCGUCCAACGGCAGUUAUUAUUGUAUGCAUGAUUCCUAUUACCCGACGCAUGACGUGGAAUUAGCCAUAGGCGAUGAUCCCCACCUGGUCCAGAAAUAUGCAGACGUAAGCGAGCAAAGUGCAGAUGAUCUCGUUACGCAAAUCGCUGCCAGUCAGGAAGCAGAAUUUGAUUAUUCCUAUUACAUCCCGGCCGUUUAUGACAUCACCCACUGGAUCGGGCCGGAAGGUUACCUGUGUCCCUCCAAGGUGAUAUACGGAACCCCCAAAAGAGCACGAAAUGUCAAAGGCGAAUGGAGGGUGAUCGUCAAUGGCAUUAGGUACUACACACAAACAGCCAGAAUUGAAACCUGUUUGUUUCCCUUGACACCAUGCCGCAUGCUGGCCCCUUGCUUCAAGAGCAAAUGCAUCCAGAAGUUCAUCUAUCACCGAAUGUUGUCCUACGAUCCUUGCGAUCCUUACAAAGGACUCUUUGUGGACAUCUAUAAGCUUCCGUCGGCUUGUUCGUGUUUCGUGGCUGCUAUGCAUGAGUGA